AUUCCCGCCAGUAAUGUUACUUUACUCCGGGACGCCCCACUCCAUCGCCACUCGCUUUAAUCUUCAUCUUCAUUCUAUCAUUCAUUUCUUCAUUAAUUGGUGCAAUCCGCCCCGCGCCCACUAUUCGAGCUACUUUUUUUUUAUCAUUCUGGCCCCGUGGCACCAGCUUUCCACGGAUUUCGCACUCCAGUCCCCACCGCACAACGUCAUGAAUUUGCUGUUCCACUUCCAUUAUUUUUCGGACCGGAGUUCGAGAGUAGGGUUGGCAUCCCACGUUUUCGUCGUUUUGUUAGUGGCAACUGAACUCAAUCGUCUACAAGCCAAGGAUAAUGAAGUGUUGGCAAGAUUUAUAACAUUUAACUCUACAUCCGAUCGUAUCAGUAGAAAUUUUCUUUUACAGACUCGUAGUUCUACAGACGGAUCCAGCAGCCAUCGUAGAUUAGACGUUUCUAAAAGUCUACAGAGGUUCACAGUUAACAGGCCGACAAAGAAACAAAGGAAGUUCGUGAAAACGGAGAGCGCGUACAACUUUCAAAAAGGACUGUCCGUUUCCACAGAGGAAACCUUUCUGAAUCGGCUGCUACCGGCUAAAAAGACAGGGAACACAGGCAUUCGCGUCACGUGCUCUUUGCCGUAUUCAAAGGCAAACAAAAAGUGCAAAAUUGAAUUGUCUGACUCGACAGUCAGUAUUUCCGACUUAACUCACGAUGAUCGAGAAAUAAGGCAGAAAAUCGAAAAAAAUGAAACACUUAGUCCUCAAAUGGAAUUUGGACAAAGAAAUACACCCGGUAAAAUACCAAAAAUUACAAAAAAUAUCAAGAAUUUUGUACUAAAUGAUAAAGUUAUAAACAAACGCGAAAUUGUAGCUAAAGUCGAUGGCAAAACAAGAAAGUUUAUCGUCGUUUUUCCGAAUGUCGAAAUAUUAAUGGACGGUAUUAUUCAUGAUUAUCCAUUUCAGGAUUACGUGGACGAUCAUCAGCUCGGCACCUUCAAUCUGCAACUGGAAACGAACAUUUUUAAACAAGACGGUUCGAAUGAUUAUGAAAUAAAUAUCAAGGUAAUGGCCAUUAGAAAUCGUCGUCGAUUCGAUUCUAAAAGCGUUAUAAUAUUAAAAGCUACACAAGAACAAAACAAAAACAGCUCAGAAAUCGGACCUGGACCUAAGACAUCGCUUUUUCAAAUAGGUAAACCGAUUUUCAUUGAGACAGAAAUCGCUCCGAAUAUAAUCAACAGGAUUGAAAUUAAACAGGAGGAACUACACGACAGUACAAGCCUAGGAAAACAAAAAGUAUUAAAUGAAAAUGACAUGCAAAUAAAUAAAACAAUACUAACAGUAAUAUACAAUCUAACAUGGACCGUAGCACAACCAGAAGAAACUAUGCCCCCGUUCAUGUAUAUAAGGAAAACUCCUGUUGAUAAGAUUAUCCCGAUAAUAGAAAAGAGUGUCAUUGAUCAAGAGAAAACGUUCACUAACGUUCAAAGCGUCCCAGGUAGCGAUGUGAUAAAUGAUGAAAUGACAGAAAGUAACCUGAAGGAAACCCUCCAACCAGAAGAUCCCGAUGAGUUGAACAAAACGACUAACUUUGAAAUAGAUACUACAGGUCACAACGACAGUGCGCAGAUUAGACAUUGUCCGAAUUGUACAAUAUACACGAAUACGGGAUACAAAAAUUCAGCCGAGAAGAAGGCCCAAGCAAUGGACACUCCAGCGUCAAAACCAGAUUGGAUAAUAGGUCGAAAAAUCGCAAUUAGUGCAAUACCUCAGAAAACAGAUGGCGAAGAAGAUGGUGAAACUGGGAAAACAGUCCCUCAUUAUAAAACCUUCACAACCAAGAUAUACAAAUUUACACCGUCCGUAAUAAAGCAAGAAAAUUCGGCGGAAAUCGAAGAAGGCAAAACAAAAACCGAAAUUCCACUUUCUUUAUGUAAUGAAUGUCCGAAUGAGGAAAAGUACUGGAGCGCAAAGGUUUUAAAACAAACUUCACCCUUUCCGUACGGAGUCGGUACAGAUUUUUUGAAAAAUAAUACGUAUCCUGACGAUCAACCAGUUCGUUUUCUUACAACGAAACGUCUUCGGCCUUUUAUUUCCAUUAGAAUACCGAAAAGACCGGCUGCUAAGAAUGAACGACUUACAAGCACUAUUCAACCAAAAAACAGGAAAGCUUUAUACGCAAAAAAACUUGACCUAGUAAAGGCUACCAAAUUACCACAGAGUGCGUCUAUAAAAUUGAGAUUAACAACGAUAAAUCCCAACGAAUUUAUUUUUGUAGGAGCUAUGCCGCAUCACAGAAACCGUUCUAAAAUGGCAAAGUAUUCAUUAUGAGUUAUAUCUAUUCUAUGUAAAAUAAAUAAUUAUU